UUGAAACUCUCCGAUAUGGCAAAUUCGUGCAUAGUGGCAACAAGGCAAAACUCUCAGUAUUGUUAAGCAUAUACCAAAACUGAAACAGUUACAAUGUGGAUCAUUUGGGUCAACCAGUAAACAGCAAGCUUACGUUUCAUCAAUCCGUCUUCGUUACACAGUCCUCCAAACAAACGGUAUUUUGUCUGAGACAUGAAUAAACGCUGAUUGUUUAGAACAACCUUUACAGCAAGCGAAUUUCAUCUCGUGUAGAUGGAAGAAGACACGGACAACACAGACAUACACAAACGAAAAGAUGUCAAUUCUGAAUUGGAGGAAAUUCUUCGUCAUAUAGCAGACCUGGACAAACGGAGAGCGCUCUUCAACGCGCGAGGGUUGGAAUUGAAAACCUUUGCUAAGAGGCCACCUGAGCGUUAUAACGCAGAAGAGGAUGCAGAGGAUGUUUCCGGAUCUGCAUCUGCCACCAAGCCUUUGCGUGCUCAGGCCCACCAGCUCACAGUGCCUUACUCCAUCCCCCGAGCAUUGGCUGUGCACCCAAGUCUGGGAGGAAAGCCUGUGUCCCCAGAGCUUGCUGUGAGUCUUAGGAAGACUUUGUUUGGCAAUGUGUUUCAUAUCUUCAACUACGAGUGGAAGAAAUCUUGCUUCAAAUUCAGAGAGCCCUACUCAGCUCUGUCAUAUGCUUUGGAGGCUGAACGGGGUGGCGCCCGAGCAAUUCAGAUGGUGGUCCAGGCAAACAUAAUCAAAUAUCUCCUGUUUUCACGGAAGGCCGAUUCUGACUGCUAUGGCAUGCAGAGUCUGGAAGAGGUGGAUGAGAAAGAGCAGGAGCAUGCUCUGGCUUCAGCUCUGGCAGAUAUAUUGUGGACAGCCGGAGAUGAACAGGCUGCCACUGUCACCCUGGUAACAUCCGAUCGCUGUUUCACUCCAGUCUUGGACUACAAAUCUGACAGUUUCACAGAGAGGCUACAGCUCUUCAACUUUCUUAGAAAAGAAGACACUCAAAGGUUCAUCUAUGAGCAUAUUCAAUGUUUUAAAGAGGAGGGAAGCCAUGGAGUCAUCCUCUUCCUCUACAGCCUGAUUUUGACCAGGACUAUUGAUAGGUUGAGGGAAGACCUGGAUAAAACCACCACUCAUCUACUACAGCAAAGCUUGGGGAACUUCGUAUGUCGACAGGCACUGCUCAACCUUUUGCUUACCGGGCGAGCCAGUCCUAAUGUCUUCAAUGGGACCCUGUUAUAUGAUGAAAAUGGUGACCUGUUGGAGCACCCUCUUCAUGGGGUACUGGCUCGCAGUGAUGUUGGGUAUCUGCACUGGAGCCGAGAGCAGGUUAAACAAGGCAAACUGCCAGCGGUUGGCAGCAUGCUGAAGACGCCCAAACUGCCUGUCUGGGUAUGCAGUAUCAAUGACACCUACAGCAUUAUUUUCAGUCCACAUCCCUCCUUACUCUCUGACUGGAAGAUGGAACAUCUCUUUAACCUGUAUUUCUACAAUGGCCAGUCCACCCAGACCAGUACUGCUCUUCUGACCAUAGAUACCCAUUCACAUCACUGGGAGGUGGAGAAAAGGGAUGUCCAGGGGGACCCUGAAAAGAGAUUCCCGUCUGUAGAGAUGACAAUCCGUACCAAAUGGGAAGGGGCAGCCAUUGACUGGAAUGGGAUAGGGCCUUUCUACUGACAAGGCUAUGGCUUCUGUGCUGGUCCUUAUUCAGCGCAAAGAAUAUGAAACAAGCUACAUAAAACUGCAUGACAGCACAUGUGGUAUCAAAAGCAUGCCAAUAAUAUUUUGUAAUUAUAUUCACAAACAUGUUUGUCGUUGUAUUUCACCUGGCUCUGACUUUGAAAGCAUGCACCAAUUGAACAAGACAAUUGGCCAGACAAAAUUUGGUGUUUUUUUUUGCAAAAACAGUGCUGCAACAUUAUUAUAUUAUAUAAACAUUAUUUGCAACUACAAACUUUUUAAUUGUUUUAAUUUGCAGUUAAAGAGAGACAAGUACAAAUAUCAAUGUAUUUGUGAAUAUUUUCUAAGUACAAAAUGUUAUUGAUGGUAAUGUCUUAAAGGUUAUUAAAGGUACAGUCCAUGAUUCUAAUUCCAUAAACCUUUUUGUCAAAUUCAACAAAUUACUCUUCACGGUCCACUAGCUGUCUCUUUAAUGUUUGCGCAACAAACGGUGCUUCAAGAACAUGAAAGGGGAAGUGUAAUUUGAUUGGUUGUUAAGCUCAAAUAUCAACAACCUUUAACAAAACUCAAACCGAAUUGCGGACUGUACCUUUAAAUACACACUGUUUUGCAGUAAUGAAGUUACAUUUUCAUCCGCCAGAAAAUCUGUCAUUGUGUUAAAUUGGCCUCUUGUGUAUAGCCAAAUACAUAAUGUUGUGUGUAAUAUAAUAAUGUAUCAUUAUGUGGGAUAUUUAAAAUCAACCCAUUUUUACCCAGGCAUUGUCCAGUUGUAACAAUAAUGGAUAAUCAGUCCAUUAAAACUUUCUUUGCCUAUUGUAGGACUAGUUUUCUUAAAGCUUUACCAGAACACCAUGGGUGGCACUAUGAGGUUGAGAGCUGGUUAAGAACAUCAGCAUUCAUUUUUUACAUACUGAUUAACUGUGAACCCAUUUUUGUGGUUAGGGAAAUAUUAUUUACAUAUAUGAAUUAACAAGAUAUGGUUGUAAAUUAACCCAUAGUUUGAAAGAUAGAAUGACAGAUUGACCUGAACAUUACAGUAUUCUUUAAAAUCAGAUUCAGGGUACAUACACAUUUUUACCAAUACAUUUCCAUGACUUCUCCAUGCCUUUGAUGCAAAUUGUCAUGACUAUACAUUCUCUAAAACAUCUGCGUACAUGAAAAAUAAGAAGGUUGGUCACUAGAACUAGGUUAAACCUUUGAAUACAAAGGUCCCAAAAUAACUCAAAAGUUAUUAUUAUUCAGAAGUAAUUCAUUACUACUGUUUAAAGAAAACUGAAUUUAAAAUAUAAAUAUUGAAAAUGUGUUGACCAUACCAGCCCUUCAAUAUUCUACCUGCAGCACACAAAUGACCCUUCAGUAUGCUUAAACUUUCGAGGGACAACGUGCCUUAAAUUGUAAUUAAUUUCGCGCUUAAUGUCAUGUUCAAACACUAUAUGCACAAUUGAAUACAAGGCAGGGUAACAUAAUUUGUAAGUAGUUUAUUUCACUUUUAAUGAGAGCU